UUCAAACAUGGCUAUAUUUUUAUCAGUUUUCUCACGUUCAUUUCUACCGCUCUCAUUCUCGAAAACUGCAAAUUGAAACUUCCACUAAAAGGGAAAAAAUGGUGAAUGCGAAGAAGGAUUCCACUAAGAAGAAUGACGAUUCUUCCCAUUCGUCUCUCCAUCCGCCCUACUUUCAGAUGAUAAGUGAAGCCAUAACCGAGAUGAAGGAACGCAGCGGCUCAAGCCAGCCGGCGAUCGCGAAAUUGAUGGAGGAGCAUUACGCGAAGCAGCUUCCCCCAAAUUUCAAAAAAAAUCUCUCGAUUCAGUUGAAGAGGCUCGUGAAAUCCGAUAAAUUAGUGAAAGUGAAGAACUCGUACAAGAUAUCCGCGGCGGAGAAGGCGAAGAAACCCGCCAAAGCUGCUCCGGAGAAACCGCAAUCGGAGAAAGCGAGCAGCAAAGAGAAGAAAGAUGGGGAGAAAGCGAAGAAGACCAAGAGGCUGAGCCAGGUGAAGACGCCGGAGGCAUUGAGGAAGAAGACCAAGGCGAGGAGCGGCGAUGAGAAGUUGAAGAAGGCGACGCCGGCGAAGAGGAAAAUCGGUGGGAGAAUCGGCUCCAGCCCGCCUGCAAAGAAAGCUAAGAAAUGAAGUUAUUUUAGUUUGAUUUAGUGUUUUUCUGUUUAAUUAUUAGGAUUUGAAGUUUAUGUUUGACUCUUAGUACGGGAUUAUGUUCUAGUAUAAAGUUACUUGUUGUUGCUGCAUUAUUAGUAUUUGUAUUAUGUUUUUUUAUGAAAUUCUAUUAUUAAUAGAGAUUUGAUAUGUUAAGCUACUAAUUCUGAGCA